CCAGCACGUUUGUUUUGAUACACAUUCCGCGAAUCGGAUUUUAUUUUGCGCUGUGCGCUGUUUCUGGUGCCAUCCGAUCUCUCCAUCAUCCCGCGCGAUCAUUCGAUCCCCGCAAAUCUACACCUUCCGGCCCGCAAUAACCCGUGUUGUUGACGGAUGCUGUGCUGCUGAACACCGAACGACGUCGUCGUCGUCGCCGUCGGCUUGUGUGUGGGUGUUUUUCUUUUUAGCGCAGCACGAGUUUUCGCGUUUUAUUUGCGCGAUCUCGAGGCGAGUGUUGUGCGUCGUCGUCGAUUUCAGGUUCACACCGCAAGCGGACACAGGAUGAUUCUUGCCAACCAGCAGUUAGUAGUUAUAGUCCGCAGCUGUAAGUGAAAGAAGCAAAUUUCUCUCGUAGUUCGGUCGGUUCGUCGACGGGGAGAAGUGAAAAUCAUUUUCGCACUUUUCACAGUUUGAUUCGAGCGUGUGCAACUCGCGUCGCGCGAGAAAGAAUCUCAAGUCGCAAAACCAAAAGUUCGUGUGAAUUUCAUAACAUUCGAAAAGUAUUGGCAAAAAGAUUUUCUGGGGAAACGACUUCCGGGGGAUCGCAAAACGGAGUGUGGACGAGAUUCGAAACUGCAUAGGAUUUUCAGCGGCGUCGAGGUGUGCCGUGUAUGGCGGAAGCGGUCAUGACCAAAGAAGCUAGUCCGGUUCCCAGUCCGGAACGGAGCCGGGAGUUUAACAAACUGUCGCUGGUGCAUCGGGUUUACUACGCCUGCAAGGAUGGCUUCGCCCGAUUGCUUCUGGCAACGCUCAAGGACAUCAGCUGCCAGCACGACCGGAAGGCGAUUGUCGAUCAGGAAAUAUCCGAAGAAGAACGCCAGCUCUACACUCCCCUUAUCGUAGCGGCACUGAACGGCCACUACGAUGUGGUUCACAUCCUGCUGACCCAGGUGAGACCCAACCUGGAAAAGGAGGGCCGGGUGAAAUUCGAUGGCCACUUGAUCGAGGGUGCGUCGGCUUUGUGGGUGGCGGCCGGAGCUGGACAUCUGAACAUUGUCAAACUGUUGAUCGAACACGGAGCGGAUGUGAAUCACCACACGAAGAACCUGUCCACCCCGGUCCGGGCGGCGUGCUUCGACGGUCGGUUGGAUGUCAUCCGGUACCUGGUCGAUCACAAUGCCGACAUCAAUUUACCGAACAUCUACAACAACACAUGCUUGAUGAUUACCGCCUACAAGGGUCACGUGGAAGUAGUGGAAUUUCUGUUGGAAAACGAUGCGUUGUUGAACGAACAGGCCAACUGUGGUGCGACGGCGCUGCAUUAUGCGGCCGAAUGUGGCCACCUGGAGGUUUGCACGGUGCUAUUGGAUUAUGGUGCGAUACUCAAACGGAACGAGUACGGAAUGACGGCUGUGACUUGCGCUGCGGAGCGGACCCGGGAAGCAGUGGUUCAGCUGUUUGUAAAUAGAGUGGGACUGCUGACCCGAGAGGAACAGAUCGAUGCCUUGGAGCUGAUGGGGGCUUCGUUUGCGAAUGAUAAGGAUAACUACAGCUUGGUGAAGGCGUUUCACUACUUGAUAUCGGCGAUGGAGUUGAGGUACGAAGACCAGGACAACAUCAUUCGGAAACCGCUGCUGCCUUCCAUCCCUGCCUACGAGCACUGGGUAGAAUGUCAAACUAUGCAAGAUCUCCAGGCAAUCCGAUACAACCACAACUCACUUCACAUGGAAUCGUUAACCAUACGGGAGCGCAUCCUGGGUCGACACUGUCCCGAGGUAGCCCACUCGAUUGUGUUCCGCGGAGCGGUUUGUGCCGACAACGGUCGGUUCGAUCGUUGCGAAAGCCUCUGGCUCCACGCGAUGCAUUUGAAGCAGCAGAAUUCGCUCUCGGUCCAACGGGAUCUGCUUCGCUUUGCGCAGCUUUUUUCGCAGAUGCUCUCGAUCAACGUUUCGCUUCGGUUUGGCAACGUGGUCGACGUGCUGGCGGCUUGCGUCGAUGAGCUGGCUCUCAAUCAGACCAAAAUGAUCAAUCCGGGCGAGAAGGAUCUGCUGGAGGUGAUUGCCGAGGAGUACGAACUGAACAUAGUGACGGUGCUGUAUCUAAUUACUAUCAUAACUAAGUUGAUAAAGUUGAAAAAUGUAGACAUUACGGAGGACAACCUCAGGGAAGUUUAUAGGCUAGUUUACAAAUUGAACAAUUUGUCCGUCAGGCUCAGGGACGAUCAGACGUUGCUGCACCUUUCGGUGAACGGAGUCACGCCGGUUGACGACUUUCACACGGAUGAUAUUUGCCGAUUUCCGUGUGUUGACACUGUGAAACUGUUACUGAAGUGUGGUGCAUCACUGUCCGUGAUGGAUGCUGAUAGGAAUACUCCUUUACAUACGCUUUGCUCUACGUUACAGACUGCCGUCAUACGAAUGUCGGACAACGACGUCCGAUCGAUAGUGCAAGAUUUAGUGGAAAUCUUCAUCGAGGCGGGCAUCCACCUGGACGCGGUCAACUGCGACGGCCUCAAAGCGUCGCAGGUUUGCGUGCAAAACUCGGUGGGAACAUUCAUCAAGAGCUACGAAACACGUGCAAUCAAUCUGAAAUGUUUGGCCGCCCGCUGCAUCGCGCUGCACCGUGUACCCUACAAGGAGGCAAUCCCUCGACAGUUGGAAACGUUCGUGCAGCUGCACUGUUCGGAAAAGUUUUAGACGACCGACCCGCUGAGUGUCAGAUGCACCUGCACAGGUCUUCCCAAAAAACGUACUGCAAAAACGCCAACGAUCAAAUCUAUUGAUAUUGGAAAAAGCCAAUAUUUUACGAUAAUUUUUAAAUUGAAAAGAACAAAUAGGUAACUACCACCAAUUGUGAUUGAAUGCGGAAGCGUACCAGCAAUAACUCAACUAUAUAAGUGUGCAGGUAAGGGAUUUAGAAGAAUGUUGAUGCUAUAUAUCAACCAAACUGAUUGGCUGUAAUGAAUGGGAACAAAUGUUAAACAACGGGCGACAUGGUCUGUUUGGACGGAACACUGAUAUUAUUUUUAAAAUUGUUCUUUGUGUUCUGCGUUUUGCUGUGGUAAAAAAGCAAUAUUUUUACAUGAAAGCAGAUAAAACCUAAAAUUUUGAAAUAA